CCUCUCCCCGCAGCAGCAGCGGCCAGCUCCGGUCGAUGUGUCGGUGCUGGCGGACGGUCGGUGACCGGACAGACCGAGGACCUGCCGGGCAUCAGCGGACGGCUGCGGACUGAAGACUGCAUGGUGCUCACAGGCCGAUUAUGAUGACAGAAAAUAUGGAGCAGAGUGAUGAUGUAAGCGUCCUGCACCCCCACGAAGUGGAGCUCCACAGGGAAGAAGACGGACACUGCGCCCUGCCCUUCAGGCUGCAGCUGAUCGACGACCUGUCCUACGAGGACGUGAAGAAGUGUUACAGAGGAUCAACUGUCAGCAAGUACAACUCUCAAUACCACAAACUGUUCCAGACGGUUCCUAAAGACGAGAUCCUGAUGAAAGUUUAUUCGUGUGCGUUGUUGAGAGACAUCCUGCUGCAGGGACGCCUCUACAUCUCCAGGAACUGGCUGUGUUUCUACGCAAACCUGUUUGGUAAAGACAUCAAGGUGUGUAUACCUGUGGUUUCAGUCCGCCUGGUGAAGAAACACAAGACGGCCGGCCUGGUGCCAAACGGCCUCGCUAUCACCAUGGAUACGGCACAGAAGUACGUGUUUGUGUCCCUGCUGUCCAGAGACAGCGUCUACGAUGUCCUCAGGAGGAUCUGCACUCACCUGCAGGUGAACGGGAAGAGUCUGAGUCUGAAGCAGUACCUGGAGGAGCCCAGCUCUCUCUCCAUGCCGUCAUCUCUGUGUCUCUGUCAGGACGAGUUCCCGGAGGUGUUAAAGUGGAGGAGGAAGCCCUCGCUGCCCGCCGUCUCCUCCUCGCUCCCAGACCUGCUGGGGACGUCCACACCUAGCCUCGCCACGGACACGCCCUUCAGCACCCACACCCUCACAGACAGCAGUUUGGAAACAGAGAAGAUCCUGCUGACAGAACCAGUACCUGAACUGGGACACACAGAGUACCAGCUGCUGAAACUCUUCAUCCUGCUCGUCUUCCUGCUGGUCCUGUCGUCCUGCUAUCUGGCCUUCAGAGUUUGUCGUCUGGAGCAGCAGCUGAGCUUCCUGAGCAGCCAGCCCACGCUCAGAGAGAGGUGUGGUGAGGUGCCCUGCUGGCUGGCCAAUCAGAGGACAGGAACCUGACACUGAAGCCAAUCAGGGAGUAAAGAAGAAAUCUGCACUUACAUAGACUUCCCUCCAGGAGGCGGCGGUAGGCGGAGACCGGUGACUGUAGCAGCAACCGUCAGCAGCUGAACUCUGACCCCGCCGUGACCUGGUUACCAUAGAGACGUCACAGUAGUCACACAGUAGACUGACCUUUGACCUGUAAGGAUGAGGCGCUGGAGCAGAUGUGAAGAGAUCAGGAGGCCGGAGGAGCAACGACAUGCUGUAACAUAACAGAUGUAGAUUUUUAAUGUGAAGACUGAAAACGGAGUGUGUCUGUGUGUGUGUGUGUGUGUGUGUGUGUGUGUGUGUGUGUGUGUACAUAGACUUUAUGGAUCCACAUCUACUAACACACACUGACUGUGAGGUCUGUGUCAGUAGUUCAUGUUAAACAUGUUUUUAUUCAGACACUGUUGGAUGUGAUGAAACCGUAGUUAGAGUCAGAGGAGCUGCUGGUUCCUGAUGAAUUUUUAUAAACUGAAUAUAAUGCCAUACUUUGUCAAA